AUGAUGAUUGUUCUUCGAAAUUCACAGAAUACAACAAAUAAAAUAACAUCAUCAAUAACACCAGACAAUGCUAAUUCAUAUUCUGACACAACAGCAUCAACAAUCUAUGAUGUUGGUAAUGGUGGAGUUAGUGGUGAUCCACCUUGUUCAUCAUAUACAGUUGUGAACGAUCCUUUGCGCAGUAUAGCUACGUCUGGAAUAGGUGGUUCCUGUGAUAAUGGACCCUUAUUCAAUACAAGUAUUGGUGGUAGAUGGAUUCGUUUUAUGGGUACAGGAGGUAGUAUUAUACCGAUGAUAUCUCCAGGAAUAAAUCAUUGUGGUGCUUAUCUAGCAGGAUGGUUCAAUGGAACAUUACCCUCAAUGAUAGAAACAAAAAUUAGUGGGAAUAUAUGCUUCGAAGGAUAUAUUUCAACCUGUCUAUUCCAUUUCUCUGUUUCAGUUGUCAAUUGUAACAGUUUUUAUGUUUAUUUUUUGCCACCAUUGAGUAUGUGUAAUGCACGUUAUUGCACAACAUGACUUUUAUUUGAUCUGUAUUUUUAAGGCACAAGAGAUUUUUUCUUUUUCUUUUGUAGUUUUUUUUAUUGUCUACCAGAAAUCGACUCAUGAUUUAAAACAAAUAAAGAAGUAUGGCUGCCAUAUAUUGAAGGCAGACAUUGGUAACAAGAAAAGAAUAAUAAAGAGAAUGUGAUUAUAAGAACUUUGCGAUUUUUUCUCUUAUAGUGUAUUUAUUUCUUUUUGUUUUUCAUUUGAUUUAAAAUUGAAUCUAUCGAGUAUUUCAACUAUAAAAACAAAAUAAGAGAUGCUGCCUGUUUGAAUUAGUCUCAAGUAGUUCUGACUGAGCGAAUUUAUGUACUUACUGAUGAUUGUUUGAGAUAGUCUUUUAUUCAUUUAUUAUGUUUAUUAGCAAUACAGUAGUGGACUAAAUUUUUCGUACACUUCUUUUCAAUUAUAAAUUGAUUAACAAGUUGUCUUUUGACACGCAUUUUUUUCCUUAUAGUAUAGUCAUUGUCUAUAGAAUAUCCACGCUAAAAUUCACCUCAGAAAAUUGAAUCGUACUUGAACUAGACUGAUAACAAUACCCUGUGGAUGAAUAGGAAAAAAGAUGGAUUCUAUUUAUGUGCAUAGACUUGUCAAAGGAAAAGUUUCUAUGGAGCAACUUGCCUACUUUUUCCGAACUACAACAUGAGAUCUAUGGAAUAACAUUACUGGAGAUGAUUUUCAGAGAUUUCGAAAUUCUACCAAUUUCAAUGGGAAUUUAAUAUACAUUAAAAACAUUCCUGCCGACUAGACUGAUGAGCCUCAGCUAUAGUAUAUAUUCUAAUAAUUUUAACUUUAGCUCUCACCAGAGAUGCCAACAGGCCACUUUUUUCCGGCCUGGCCUGGCCUGACCUAGCCUACAGGCCAGGCCAAAAAUCAAAGAGUGGCCUGCGGCCUGGCCUGGCCUGACCUGCAGGCCAAACCAGGCCAAUUGAUGUUUCUGAUUUUUCAAAUCCAUUAAAUUCUAUAACUCUGCAUUAAUGCAUGAUUCCAAUUUCAAUUAUUUAUUUAAUUUAUUUUGAUGAAGAUAAUGAAAUAACAAGUUUUUCCACAAAAUAGCAAAUUAAAACAAAGAGACAAUCAUCUUAAAUAUUUUUCAUACAAGAAAGACUUGAAUUUACGAGAUUUUUUGAUGAUAUCAAUACUUCUUCGCAUAAUCGAAAGAUAUUUAAGCAUAAUAACAAAAACAACAUAUAAUUCGGGAUACGACGAAGAAUUAAAAGAAAAUACAAAUCCAAAAAUAGACCAAUAUGAGCCAACAGGAGAUGAUUUAUUAUUAUCAACAAUAUCGUAUUGUUGUUUUUCAUGUUUUAAUAAAUAACAUAUUCGUUCACUAGAAUAUGAUAACGAAUUUGACGAAGAAGAUGAUGAAACAUUUGUAUUUGACGAAGAAGAAAAUGUUGAAACAUUUGUAUUUGAUGAUGUAGUAGUAGAUCAAACAGGAGAGAUUGAUAAGAUAUGAAUAUCAUCAAUUGACAUUGAAGAAAUAGAUGAAGUAGAAGAUGUUGAUAAACGAUGAAUAUGUUCAGUUGACAUUGUUUAUUUAAGUUGUUGCCAAUAAAAAAAAAUGUAAAAAGAAAUGUGUUUUGUCUUUCAAUUAAAAAAAAUCAUUGUUUGCUUUAUUUUCGCUGAAAUAAAUCAACCAUAAAUAUUGUCUCCUCUCCUUUAUUCAUUCAAUUCGUUUACUCUUGUGGUUUAUACUAUUCACCAAUCAUGAAUGACGAAGUUAAAAGUGAAAAAAAUCAUCAACUCGUGGUGUCAUUUCAUGUUUUAAGAUGACUACUAGAGAAAUGAAUAUCAUUUCGCAGCCAGGCCACCCAUUUUGGCCUGGCCUGGCCUGGUAACCAGGCCGGACAUUAGAUGGACGGAUCAGACCAGGCCAAAAUUUUAAAAUUCAGCCUGGCCAGGUGGCCUGACCUGGCACGCCACCCGGCGCCUGCCAGGCAGCAGGCCAGGCCGGCAGCUCUGGCUCUCACACGUAUUCUAUAUUGAUAUUUUUUCAGGAUAGCUAGCGAAAGUUCACUCUAUUUGGACCAUUGGCGCGAUGGCCGUAUGCAUGGAAAGACACAUAAAAGCAGAAGAAAAGAAAAAAGAAGAGAAUAUACGAGGCAAAAAAAGAACUCAAAGAACUUGUGUAACAUAGGGAAAAAACAACAGAUGAUAUUCACUAAGUCCUAGAGAUAGAAUCAAUAUGUUAUGCUUUUGUACAUAGACAUCCAGGACAAAAAAAUUCGAGAAUCAGAUUCAACGGGAUCACGGUGGAUAUUCAUAAAAAUGCUGAAUAUCAUUUAGUCUCUUGUGGGAUGAUAACUCUUAAAUCGAGAAAUAGCGAGUCUAUAUUCGGAUGUUUAUCAUCGUGAAAAAUUGUAUUUGUACUAUCUAGAGCUCAUACAGAACUAUUUUUUUUGCUCGAUAUUGCACUCAUCUGAACUUUUAACAAUUAAAUAAUCUCUCGGUUAGAUAUAUUCGUCAAAAGGAAUCUGAAAUUUAAGAAAAAAAAUCAAAUAUAAUUAUAAAUAAAACUUA